AAAUUAGCUAAUAUAGCGGAGAAUGCCUUUGCUAACCGAGCCAUUCUCUUAGAUAAGAAUUUGCUUCUCUUUAAGCAAAAUAAUGAAAAGGCUACUCGCAAGUCUAUUAGAGCGAUAGUAGUAGGUAGUACAAGAGUCAUGAGUUAUGAGGAUAUCGUUGAGGCGCAAAAACAGCGUGAUAUUAAGGAAACGGCGGCCGAAGCAGCUCGGGGUCGACGAUCAAAGCGUGGCCCCUCAACUCAAGUACUCGGGAAGAGGUCACGCGAUCAAGAAUUGGAGGAGGCGGAGCAUGAGAUUAGAGGGUCAGGAAUGGCGGAAUAUUGUUCUGUGUUAGAUUUCAAGUGA